AGACGGUGAUUAGCACUCCAGUGUAUUAUAUAGCUCAGUGGGUGCUACCGGUACGGAUCGGGUAGUGACACUGCGGUGGGUUCAAACAUACACACUUUGGAUGUAAUUGAAACCUCCAAGCAAUGCCACUGUCAAGAUUGUUGAUGGUGGUCACAGGAGAUGACUUUGGCUACUGCCCGAGAAGGAACCAGGGUAUUGUGGAAUGCUUCUUGGCUGGAGGCAUUUCCAAUGUAUCCCUUCUUGUUAAUGCCUCAGCUGCCAGAGAGGCAGCUGGUCUGGCUGGCAGAUACAAAAUCCCAAUUGGCCUCCAUGCCAACCUGUCUGAGGGCACCCCUGUGUGUCAGAACCUCCAGCAGAUUUCCACUCUCAUUAACCCUCAAGGCUUCUUCCAUGGAAAGAUGGGUUUUCGUCAGGCCUUGGAGAGAGGCCAGCUCAGCAUGAAGCAGGUAGAGCUGGAGUUGAGGGCCCAAGUCAGACGAUUUGUAGAACUGACAGGACACCUGCCUUAUCACAUGGAUGGACACCAGCAUGUUCAUGUACUGCCAGAUGUUCGUGAAGUGGUUGCACAAGUCCUCUCGGAUCUUGCUAUUCCAUUUACUCGUGUUCCAAUGGAGCCAGGUUUGCACAGCUGUCCUUGGGUGCCAGAAAACCUCCACAGUUUUUACAUGCAAGUGGAAAAGGAUGCCCUGGACUCAAUCCCCAUCUUCAAACACUAUGGAAUCAGGUGGCCUGACGUGUAUUUAGGACUCUCCACCACGGGUCAGCACAUGUCAUUCUCCAGCCUACAGAGGGCUCUCAAGCAAGCUUUGGCAACAAGAACUUCUUCCUCUACCUCCAGAAGAGGGUCAGGUGUUCAUCAACCUGUUGUCACAGCAGAGCUUAUGGUUCAUCCAGGUUAUCCAAGUCAUCCUGGGGAAGGUGGCUGUGGGGAGGGCCCAGAUAACUUCUCUCAGUCCAUUGAAAGAGAACAUGAGCUGAAUGUGCUGAGAAACCCAUCUGUCCUGGAGCUUUACUGCCAAGAGGGAGUUCAGCUCUGUGGAUUUAAAGACCUUUGACAACUGCUGUCUCCACAAAAUAUAUUUACUUGUGGAUAAAGUUGAUAUACGUACGUUAAUCAGGGUUAUACUUACUGAGCCAAAAAUGUUUAAUUAUGGCAAAUUUAAAAGCCUUUACGCUUCAGGACAUAUCUGUUUACAUAUCUGAUUAUUAAUAUAGGAUAUUUUUGAUUGGUUCUAUUAAUCAUGAGUGAUAUAACUGAUGUAUUGGUUUAACUAUUUUGAAGGGCUUUCUUACACAAUAAACUAUUUUUCAUAUGUAA